ACCCAGAGCCGCUGCGCGCUUUAGGCACCGCCGCCGGCAGGCGGAGAUCUGCCCUGCCCCCCGCCGCGCUAACAACACGUGGAAGGCGGAGGGGGAACAGCAGGAAGCCCGACUUCAAAUACCCCCCUCUCUCCCUGCUGAGGUAGCUACUCGGCAUCUAAUUUUAGUGGUGUUUGUGCCAAAAGGCCAGCAGGGGGCGAUGCAAGCAGGCGGAACUGCCUGAGACGCAGGCGUUGGGGUCUCGCCGACCACAGCCAUGGGCAGCUCAGUGAGGAAGGGCAAAGUGGUCCUCCAGGUGUCAGAUGCCGCCGCUAGCCAAAAGCAGAGAACUAAAGCCACGCCCUCCAAAGCUUUAAUUUCCAUAGCAGAGACCUAAGCCUGCUGCUUGAAAAGAUGAGAAGAACCAAGCUCCUGCUUUCAAAUGACAGUCAAGAGAGCCCUGAAGACUAAUGCAGAGAAUUAACAAGAACGUGGUUUUGGGCCUUCUUACUUUGACAAGUUCAGUCUUUCUCCUUUUCCAGUUGUAUUAUUACAAGUAUUAUUUAUCUCCAAAGAAUGCUGCUGUUUUCCCCAAGGUUAAAGGGAGCAAAGCUGGACAAGACAGUAGUCAGUGGCAGCAUGCGGUUAAGAAAUUCCUUAGUUUGGUGUCCAGCUACAAGGUACCUGUGCAUCUGAUUGACCCAGUGCUUCUGGGACUAAUAGACAAGGACUUAGAGGAGCUCAGGUCCUCUCCUGAUGGCAGCCGCUCAGAAUGCAAGUACUUCUGUGCUCCACGAGACUUUACUACGUUUGCACUACUGGGCAAAACCUGGAAACUUGAGGUGGGCUUGUUUCAAGCUGCUGAGAGAGCAGGAUUCCAGUGGCUAAAGAUUCAGAGCAAAGACCCACGUCUAGAGGGGAUGGAGGACCUCUCUGGGACUGAGAUUCCCUUGCACUACAUCUUCAGACUGGCAGCUCAUGCUGUCCAUCUGGUGGUCUUCUAUGAGAGGAGUGGGAACUACCUCUGGCAUGGACAGUUGCGGUUGAAACAACACGUGGACCGGAAAUUUGUACCUUUCUGGAAGCUACAGUUUGGCCGCUACCCUGGUGCCUAUGACAAGCUAGAGCUACUAAGUGUUUCCAUUGAUGGGUUAACAGUCCAGAUUCCAAAAGAGCCAUCUCAGUUCCUAGAGGAAUGGUCCCACUCUAGAUUUAUUGAAUGUAGGUACAGAGAAGCUAGAUCUUUCUUCCAGCUGUACCCUGACGAUGUAUCUCUUGAAGCAGUGGAAUUCAGGAAAAAAGCCAAGGCAUUGCUGCAUCUUGCUGCUCUGACAUUAAACAGUUUGGGAGUGAGAUUCUGGCUGAGUAGUGGAACUUGCCUGGGUUGGUACAGGCAGUGCAAUAUUAUUCCAUAUAGCAAAGAUGUGGACUUGGGGAUUUUUAUUCGAGACUAUCAGCCGGAUAUUAUUCCAGCAUUUCAGAAGGCAGGAUUACCACUAAAGCACAGGUUUGGCAAGGUUGAAGAUAGCUUAGAGCUCUCCUUUCAAGGAGAAGAUGAUGUGAAACUUGAUAUUUUUUUCUUCUAUGAAGAGGAUGACCAUAUAUGGAAUGGAGGAACUCAGGCCAAAUCGGGCAAGAAAUUCAAGUACCUGUUUCCCAAAUUUACACUAUGUUGGACUGAGUUUAUAGAACUCAAGGUACGUGUACCAUGUGAAACUCUCCAUUAUAUUGAAGCCAACUACGGUAAAGAGUGGAAGAUACCCAUGAAGACAUGGGACUGGAAAAACUCUCCAACCAAUGUCCAGCCCAAUGGGAUCUGGCCUAUCAAUGAAUGGGAAGAAGUCAUUCAACUCUACUGACCCACCUAUAAAACAAUGGAAUGCAUUUAUUGCCCAGAAGGUGUCAUCAGUGUUGUGUCAUGUGCAGCAGCCCACCAGAGCUCUCUCUAAAUGUGUUGCUCCCUGUCCAGAACUGGAAAAAUUGAGGGGGGUGUCAAACAUAUGGCAAGCUGCUGAACUUUUGGUGGUGGCUUGUGACACUUAGUCAAAAAGUAAGGUGGGUUGUUGUUUGAAUCUGUGUGGUCCAGUAUUGCUCUAGCAAUUAAUGAACCCAAAAGUAGUCUCCUCACCCCACUGAGUGACAAAAACAAGACAAUUAGGUUUGCUAACAAUGUGUGAGUGUACAUAAAUAAUAUAGGAGUGGUGAAUUCUGGAGGAAUCAGCCAGCCAGUGUCAGAAUCAUUCUGUUGAGGGGUGGCCACCAGUUUCAAAAGUUGAGCAACGUUGUGUACUUCAGUAUUGCAUCUCGCAAGGUUUAGCACAUAAUGGUCCUGGUCCUCUAGGUACUUAUAGAAUCAUAGAAUAGUAGAGUUGGAAGGGGCCUGUAAGGCCAUUGAGUCCAACCCCCUGCUCAAUGCAGUAAUCCAAGCUGGAAACAUGAUUAUAGAUGGUGACAUGCUAUGAGGGACUCUGAUUGCUUCUACCCCCCAAGCCACUGUCUAGACAAUAAGGUGCCCUUAGAAUUCAGAUGUUGGACAUGUUUGGUCUAUUACAAUGUCUGUGUAUGGUGGAUUAUAUAAAGUUUCAGCUAUGGAUCUUAUUUUAGUCUUGUACCUCACUAUGUGUGCAGCUGGGCCUGGUUCAUUUUGUACUGGAAUGGCAUUAUUUCCACUUUGCUAUAGCUGGAGCUAACCUAUAUCCUGAAUGGGAUCUGACCUCUGAUGGUGACUAACUGGGCUUGUUAUGGAUAACUCCAUGAAAAUGUUAUCCAGCUGUGAAAAUAGCAAAUACCAUGCUUGGGGGGUGGGCGGAAGUGGAUUAUUAGCAAAGGGACUGAGAAUAAAACCGCCAGUAUCAUAUUGCCCUUAACACAGUCUAUGGUGCUGCCAAGCUUAGAAUAUUGUGUAGUGUUCUGCUUGCUCCAUCUUACUGUAAAGCUGGAAAAGAGCAACCAAAAUGAUCAGGGGGCUGGAGAAUCUUUCCUACAAGAAACAAGUACAAUACUUUGGGAUUUUUAGUUUAGAAAUUUUUUUUGGAGGGGAUAUGAAAGUGGAUAGAGAGAAGCUUUUUCUCCCUUUUUCAUAGUACUAGAAGUCUGAGUAAUCUAAUGAAAGGGGCUGGAAGAAGAAUAAAGACAGAAAAAGAAAAUACUUCACACAGUGCAUUUUCUGCCACAAGAUCUGCUGAUGGUCACUUGGUUAGCUGACUUUAAAGGGUUUUUUUUGCAAAUUUAUGGGGAUUAGGUCUCCAUAAAUAGAUCUGUCACUGACUAGUAGUCAUGAUGGCUAUGUGGAAUCUCAGUGUUCAGAAGCAGCAUGCCUCUGAAUACCAGUUGCUAGGGGGCGAUGGCAGAAAGAAGGCUAUUGUGGACAUCCCUGAGGUACCUGGCUGGAAAACAGGAUGCAGGACUAGGUGAACCAUUGGACUUUAAGAGCAGCAGCUCUAAUGUUUUUAGAGUAUUGGCAGGGGCCACAUCACGCUUUGGCUCCUUUCUGCAGAUAUUACCUGUGGGUUUCAGCCACAGGUAACAUCUGCAGAACAUCCACACCACUUUUAAUAAUGUGUUAUUGACCCUCACUUACAGUUCAAAACUAACUUUGUAACUGUGGAGACAUGGCAGGACAUUGUUUUGAAUUGGGCAAAAAUUAAAAUAUUAAUUUGUCACAUCCCUUCUUGUGGACAGUUAUUCAAGAAGUUUGAAACUGAAGAUCAGGAUGAAGCGAAAUACUGUAUCUAUGAAGUUCUCAUAGUAUAUAUUAUUUAUACAUUAUUUACACAUGGUUAACUAUGACCUGAAGUCUGUUUUAAAUUAUUUGGAGCUUUGUUAUACAAAGCACAAUAAUGUAGCACUUCUGUUUGGGGACCAAGAAUGGAAUAGAUUUUUGUUUUUUAUUGUAUGAUUUGUAUAGAUAGGGGAAAAAAUUAAUAGAGAGAACUAAUGCAUGCCUCCUCACUAAAACGGUAUUUAAAUGAUUCACAUAAGGUACUGUUUUUAACUUAUUGACAAGGAUGUUGAUCGUAUUGUACAAUGUAUAAUGUUCUAGUCAGUGGCUCUAGUCAAGAGAAAGUUAGCUGUGCUGAACUAACUUCUCUGAAUCGGGACCAAGAUUUUAAUGUACUGUGUACAUUUGUCAUGUAGAGGUACGCUCCUGACUUACGCUUUAGGAUACUACUUGCCACAAAAUAAUCUGAAGGAGCUUGAGGUUUUUAAAAAAGAAU